AUGGGAGACUACACAAAGAUGGAGAGCGGCCAGAUAGUACAAGCCUCGUUUCUUUUUAUGGAGUGGGGAUUUUGCACGUGGGGAGCGCCAGAAGCAGCUUGGCGAAAAUUUUUGCAGUUUGGAUGAUGGUGAGGCGUUCCACCGAAGUAGGCAUAUGCAAUCAGUGGGCUGCCUAGCUAGGUGGGAGGCAAAUGGCCAGCGCCAGGCUCGCGGAAGCUCGAGGAUUGCACGCAGCGGAGAGCGUGGAAGCUAUGAGUGCGACAGCCUGGCACAAGCUGCCGACGAGGGCGCAGCCCUUUCGAGGUCUUGCGCGAGGCCCCGGGGGAAAGUGAUUGACUAGUAGGAGCUUCUUGCCACUAGGUUCCGAGUGGGGGCCGCGACUUCCUUGGGGACUUUGCACAAGCGACCGCAAGUUUUUGGCUUGCCUCCUGGAAAGUCAUGCCUGUGCAAAAUCCCCAAAUCGCGGCCCCCAAUUUCUAUCCCCACUAGAUGGCGCAUUUGGGGACUUUGCGCAAGCGCCUCACUUUCCGUCUCAAAUUUCUCGCAAGCCUCAGAAGUCGCCAGAAAUUUGAGACGAUCCGAGCCCUCCUGUCCGAAGGGCCGGAAGGAGCGACAGGUCUGGCCAUGGAACGGCAAGCCAAGCUCCCGCCGCUUGCAUUCUCCAGCUGCCGCGAUCCUUUCAGGCCGCGCGCUUCUCUACUAAAUAGCUUGGUGAGCUAGCGAAACUGCCCGCCUUUAUCUACCUUUUCAGAUCACGAAACUUUAUUUUUUCCAGCAGCCUGCUAUUGGUCCCCGCCAUGUGCAAAAUCCACAUUCCAUACUUUUUACCGGUUUGGGUAAGGAACUGCCGCAGUUCGCCGCGACCUACAAGGCCUGGACCUGGACACCCCAUGACGCUGCGCCAGGGACUAAUCCGAUAGGAGAGAGGUCGGCCACAUAUGAGGUGAGAGAGGUGGGACUGGGAACCCUCAAG